GAGCAGAGCACAGAGAGGCAGCGCAGAAGACCGUUGGUCUGUGCCUGCUGCUCCACCACGCAGACCCAGACCCGGAGGAUGAGGCUCACCAUCCCUGCCCUGCUGGCCUGCGCAGUUCUGGGGCCCUCUGUCCUUUUUUCCAUAGGGCUGUGCCUCGCUGUCCCCGACAAAACUGUGACAUGGUGCACCAUCUCAAAUCAUGAGGACACAAAGUGCACAGCUUUCAGUGAAAAACUGAAAAACCUCCCUCAGGCUGCUGCUACUCUUGCCUGUGUGAGGAAAAGCUCCUACCAUGAGUGCAUCCAGGCCAUUGCGGAAAGCAAAGCAGAUGCUGUGACACUGGAUGCAGGUUUGGUGUUUGACGCGGGCCUAGCCCCCUUCAACCUGAAACCUGUAGUGGCAGAGUACUACGGGUCAAAAGAGAAUCCACAAACCAGCUAUUAUGCGGUGGCCGUGGUGAAGAAGGGCAGCGGCUUCCAGCUGAAUGAGCUUCGAGGCAAGAAGUCCUGCCACACAGGCCUUGGCAGGUCCGCUGGGUGGAACAUCCCCAUGGGCACACUCUAUUCACAAUUGCCUGAGCCACAGGAAUCUCUUCAGAAAGCAGCGUCCAAUUUCUUCGCGGCCAGCUGUGUCCCCGGUGCGGAUGCGACAGCCUUCCCCAAACUGUGUCAGCUGUGCGCUGGGAAAGGGAAAGACAAGUGUGCCUCCUCCCACCAUGAACCGUACUCUGGCUACUCGGGUGCCUUCAAGUGUUUAAUGGAUGGUGCUGGGGAAGUGGCCUUUGUCAAACACUUGACGGUUUUGGAGGACCUUCCACACCAGGCUGACAGGGACCAGUAUGAGCUCCUCUGCAGGGACAACACCCGGAAGCCAGUAGAUAAAUAUGAGGAGUGCCACCUGGCCGCUGUCCCUUCCCAUGCCGUUGUGGCCCGAAGUGCAGGUGGCAACGAGGACUUGAUCUGGGAGCUUCUCAACCAGGCCCAGGAACAUUAUGGCAGAGGUACAUCUGGAGACUUCCAGCUCUUCAGCUCCUCCCAGGGGAAGGACCUGUUGUUUAAGGACUCUACCCAAGGGUUUUUAAAGAUUCCCCCUAAGAUGGACUCCUGGAUGUACCUGGGAUAUGAGUAUGCCUCUGCAAUUAAGAAUCUGAAGGAAAAGACACGCCCAGAUGCCUCAACGGCUAGAUGCAAUACUGUGAAGUGGUGUGCAAUAGGCCACCAGGAGAGGCUCAAGUGUGAUGAGUGGAGUAUAAACAGUAAAGGGCAAAUAGAAUGUGAAUCAGCAGAGACCACUGAAGACUGUAUUGCCAAGAUCAUGAAAGGAGAAGCUGAUGCCAUGAGCUUGGAUGGAGGCUUCAUCUAUAUUGCGGGCAAGUGUGGACUGGUGCCUGUCCUGGCAGAGAACUACAAAACUACCAGUAAUUGUAAGGAAACAGCAGAAAAAGGAUAUUUGGCUGUGGCUGUGGUUAAGUCAUCAUCACCAGAGGACCUCACAUGGAACACUCUACAAGGCAAGAAGUCCUGUCACACUGCAGUAGAUAGAACUGCUGGCUGGAAUAUCCCCAUGGGCCUGCUCUACAGCAAGAUCAAUCACUGUGAAUUUGAUAAAUUUUUCAGUCAAGGCUGUGCCCCUGGGUAUAAGCGAAGUUCCAGUCUCUGUGCUCUGUGCGCUGGAUCAGAAACUGUUCCAGGAAAGGAGUGUGAACCCAACAACAACGAGAGAUACUACGGCUACACGGGGGCUCUCAGGUGUCUGGUUGAGAGAGGAGACGUGGCCUUUGUGAAAGAAGAGACUAUCGAUCAGAACACUGGCGGAAAGAACCCUGCUGACUGGGCUAAGGACCUACAGAAGGAAAAUUUCAAGCUGCUGUGCCCUGAUGGCACCAGGAAGGCUGUGACCGAGGCUGAGAACUGCCACCUAGCCCGAUCCCCAAAUCAUGGUGUGGUCUCAAGGCAAGAUAAGGCAGCUUGUGUUCACAAGGUGCUACUUGAACAGCAGGCCCAGUUUGGAAAAGAUGAAAACGGUUGCUUGGGCGACUUCUGUCUGUUCCAAUCUAAAACCAAGGACCUGCUGUUUAGGGAUGAUACAAAAUGUUUGGCCGAACUUCAGGGCAGAACAACGUAUGAAUCCUACUUAGGAGCGGAGUAUGUCACGGCUGUGGGUAACCUGAGACAGUGCUCAACUUCAAAACUCCUGGAAGCCUGCACUUUCCAUAAACCUUUAACUCCAAAAACGGGGCCAUGAGCGGAUGGAGCUGGGAGCUCAUCCGGCCUGAG